AUGGCCGUCUACAGCCUCAACGUGCGCGUCUUCUGGCCGCUGCUGACCUGCGCCUGCACCCUCCUCGUCUGCCUGCUGCAAACGCUGCGGGGCAAGGCCGGCCCGACGGGCGGGGAAGCGGGCUGGCCGCUGCAGGCGCUUCUGAAGCGGCUGCCGUUGCCGCCGUUGCUGCUGCUGCUGCUCUUGCUGGCCGCGCUGGGCUUGGGCUGGCGCGCCUGGUGGACGGGGCGGCGGCAGCGGAGGCCCAAACGCGUCGGCGGCCCCGCCGCCGUCGGCAGCCCCGGCUCGGCCUGCAGCGGCCGGGAGCCCCGGCGCCGCGCCCUGCUGGACGGCUUCUACGAGACGCGGCUGCGGCUCUCGCCCCACGUGCUGGGCCACAGCAAAGCCCACGUCAGCCUGGUGGUGGGCGAGCUGGUGCGCGCCGGCAAGGCGGCCGGCCGGCUGGCCCUGCGCGGGGAUUUCGUGCAAGUGGGCAGCGCCUACGAGCAGCACAAGGUGGGCAGCCCCGACGCCUUCGACGUGCUGCUGCCGCUGCGCCUGCCGCCCCGCCUGGAGCUGCGCGCCCUGCCUUGCGCCCCGGAGCAGCAGCAGGAGAGGCAGCCCGGCUCGCGGGGCGCCUUCCUCUGCGCCCUGCGCGUGGCCGCCGGCGCGCAGGGCUCCCCGAGCCGGGCUCUGUGCGUGGCCGCCGGCGAGGGCGAGGAGGCCGGGGCGCCCCUGCUGCUGUCGGCGGCGCUGGUGGCCCGCUGGUUCCAGGCGCAAGUGCAGCGCUGCCUCGGCGCCGUGCGCGCCCGCCUGCAGGAGCGCUGCCGGGUGCAGCUGCUGGCCGUCGGCGGGCCGCCCUCCCCGCUGGCUUUGCAGAUCGCACCCCGCUCGGACUACGUCUGCUGCCACCUGUCUCUGACCGUCCACCUCACCCCGGCCAUCCCGCUGGGCGAGGGGCUGUACCUCACCCCCUGGGUCUGCCCCCAGCCGUCGGCGGGGCCCCAGCUGGGCCUCUUCUGGACCCUCAACCUCUCCAAAGCGGAGCAGCGCUUGCUGGCCUGGCUGCGGGACCAAGUCCCGGCCGACUCCUGCCACCUGAAAUGCCUGCAGAUCCUCAAAGGGUUGAGGGAGCUGGGGGGCCGCGCUCUGGAGCCCCCCUGGGCCGCCCUUUGGGACCGGGUCCUCUCCUCCUACGUCCUCAAGACGGCGCUCUUCUGGGUGCUCCUGCGUAGCCCGUGGCAGGCUUGGGAGGACCGCUUGCUGGUGGCCCGGCUGGAGGACCUGGUGCUGUUCCUGGUGCAGGCGCUGCAGCGAGGGAGGCUGGCCCACCUGUUCCUCGGGAACCCCCAUCUGCCUGAAAUGCUGAGCUUGCCCAAAUUCGUCAAGGAAGCCCUUCCGGUGAACCUGCUGGCUGAUUUUGACCGGCCCACCUUGGAGAGGGUGGCUUCACAGCUGCUGAGCGUCUGGAAACAGGCGCCCAGGAUCAUCCGGGUCUACGGUGGCCACAGGUACCGAAAGCAGCAUCUCACCUGA